GCGGCGGGCGGCAGGCGAUCGGGCAUCGAUCGAGCUGCAGAUUUUGAGACGAGAGCGGGCGCCUGCGAGCUUGUCCACCACCGCCCUUUCAUGCAUCCCUCUGCCGUCGCCCGCACGAGCCGCCUCUCCAUCCCGCGAUAGCACCCCGCUCGUCUGAAUGGCAGCAUGCCCUGAGGUCGCACCCACCGGCCCCUUCGAGGGUCCUGAGAAGCUCCUCGAGAUCUGGUUCAAGCCCACCCCCGCCGACGUCCCCGACGCUGCAUCCCCCGUCGAUGGCAAGUUCGGCCUCAGGAGGGUCCCCCGCCAGGUCUGGGCGGACAUGCUCGACAUCGUCCAGUGCAAGAUCCUCUCCGUCGUGGAGGGCAUGGAGAUGGAUGCCUAUCUCCUCAGUGAAUCGUCUUUCUUCGUCUCCCCUCAUCGCCUCAUCCUCAAAACAUGCGGGACGACCCUCAACCUCCUGGGGGUCCCGCGCAUACUAGAGAUUGCGCGCGAUCACGCAUCCUUGCCCUCUGUCUAUCGCUUGUUCUACUCCCGCAAGGCAUUCAUGUUCCCGGAGCGACAGAUGGGCCCUCACAGGGACUGGCGCGCCGAAAUCGACUACCUCGACAACAUCUUCCCGAAUGGUGCCGCCUACACGAUCGGAAAGGUGAACGGCGACCACUGGCUACUGUACAUGACCACUCCCGGGGACGACAGCGUCAACGGAAGCACCAGACCGAACACACCCCUCCAGCAUCCUCUCAACGGCGAUGCAUCCGAAGAGCAGGCCAAUGGCGUCGACGCGGACGGCCCCACUCCAGAGCAGACACCUGCCGACGACGACGACGAGAUCUCCCAAGACUACACCAUCGAGAUCCUCAUGACACACCUCUCCCCGACCGCCUGCGCGCCCUUCAUGACCAGCACCCCCGCGUCCUCCGAGCUCGACGCCUCCCCCUCUGCCCAGGCCAUGUCCCUCUCCUCCUCCCUCGGCAUCUCCCAGCUCUUCCCGCCGCACGUGACGACCCUCGACGCCUACUCCUUCACGCCCUGCGGCUACUCCUGCAACGCCCUUCUCAAAUGGUGCGAGGACGCAGGAACGGACCCCGCCAAGUCAGGCGAGGGCUACUACACCAUCCACGUCACGCCCGAGUCAGGCUGGUCCUACGCGUCCUUCGAGUGCAACGUCCCCCUGCCCUCCGCGCCCCUCGCCCUGUCCACCGGGGCCGACGGCGAGGCCGCCGCGCAGGAAGGGAAGAAGCGCAUCCCCGACCUGCGCACGCUCAUCCGCCGCGUCGUGAGCAUCUUCCAGCCGGGCCGGCUCACACUCACGCUCUUCGUCUCGAGCGAGGACAACAACAACGCGGAGGAGGAGGACGGCGAGAGCGCCGUCGAGGCUGCGCAGCGCGCGUUCAAGGCUGCGCUCACCCAGCCGUGCGCGCGGGGCGCGAAGGGCACCACCACCACCCUGGACCCGGCGAGCCCGGAGGGGUCCGCACCAUUCAGCGGGUUGUACAAGCGCACGGACAAGAUCAACUACGAGUUUGGCGGAUACGACCUUGCGUUUGCGACCUUUGAGCUGCGCCAAUGAGGAGCAGAUACGACUCGGAUCUCUCUGAAUCUUGUUAUCCAUCUAGUACGCGUCCUUGAAAAGUACCAUCUACAUAUAUGUACACCUAUCUACACGACCGUGUGUAACUCAUAUUUGUCUGCCCCAGUUGUAUCUCAGAACACCCUGUAGCGCCAG